UUCAAAAAUGCCAACUUCAUUUCUACCGACACGCGCGUUUCAGGCAUAUCAAAUAUUUGCAGCCAAUACAAAUGUAGGAAAGACCAUAUUUGCAACUGGCUUAUGUAGAGCUGCCGCCAUUAUGGCCGAACAAAACAAUAGAGACGUAUUUUAUGUCAAGCCUGUACAAACUGGUUUCCCGAUGGACAGUGAUGAAAGGCAUGUCAAAACAUAUAACAACUCGUUACUAUUGAAGACUAGUACUCUCUAUACGUAUCCAGAUCCAGUCAGUCCUCACAUAGCUACAGACAAGCCACCUAAAGACGAGGAAGUGCUUGAAAAUGUAAAGCGACAGAUACUAGACUAUGUACAACAACAAAAGUCCAAUGGGAGCUAUUUAUUCUUGGAGACAGCAGGUGGCAUUCAUAGCCCUGUUAUGUCUGGCACACCACAGGCUGAUUUUUACAGAAGCCUGAGAUUACCCACAAUUCUGAUCGGAGACAGUAAUCUGGGUGGUAUCUCCACUACUCUGACCUCCUUCGAAUCUCUCAAAUUGCGUGGGUACGACAUUCCAACGGUUUUAUUAUUUGAUCAAUUGAGAUACAAGAAUCAUGAGUUAAUUCAUCAGAGAGUUCAUAAGGAGAGUCUUGUAGCUACCGUACCCAAGCCACCACCUAUGCAAGAUGAUCCUGUAAAGGAACAAGAGUCAAUGAAGAGAUACUAUGAACAAUUAGACGAGCACUUGGUGCCCGUCAUAAAGCAUCUCGAUUUGGAGCAUCAAAAACGUUUUGACAGGUUAGAAAGUAUGGCAGAUAAAUCCCGUGAUGUCUUUUGGUGGCCAUUCACUCAGCACAAACUGGUUGGGGAUGUUACGGUGAUUGAUUCUGCUUACCAAGACAAUUUCACCACGUAUCAAAAUAAUCAUCCGAAAGAAAUGUUUGACAGCUGUGCCAGUUGGUGGACUCAAGGCUUGGGGCAUGCUAACCCAGACCUUACGUUAUCUGCUGCCUAUGCUGCUGGACGAUACGGACAUGUCAUUUUCCCUGAAUCAACUAAUGAAACAGCUCUUUCGUUGGCUGAAAAGGUUCUCGAAAAGGACACAUGGGCAUCGCGCGUUUUCUUUUCAGAUAAUGGCUCAACUGCCAUGGAAGUCGCUCUCAAGAUGGGCAUGAGUGCUACGGCUAAACGUUAUGGUUUUAAUAUCAAGGCACCUGUAGAAGUUCUGGGCAUUGAUGGUAGUUAUCAUGGUGACACAAUUGGUGCUAUGGACGCUUGUGCGCCCAACUUGUAUAACGAGCAAGUCCAGUGGUAUCAACCGAGAGGACACUGGCUGAAACCCCCAUCUGUGCACAUCUCUCACGGACGUCCCUUUGUACGCUUACCUUCCGAAAUGGCUCCUCAAGGGUCCAACAAGUUCUAUAAGCCAUUGGAUGACAUUUAUUCUUUAAAAGAAGAUAAAGAGUUGACCAAGAUUUACUCAGACUACAUUCGUCAUGAACUAAAGUCUCUUGGGGCACAGAAUCGUCGUAUAGGUGCCUUGCUUAUGGAACCUGUCUUGAUGGGCGCUGGUGGUAUGAUCUUUGUUGAUCCUCUCUUUCAACGCACUUUAGUCGAUAUUGUAAGAAAUGAAGGUUCUGAAUUACUUUAUGGUGUCAAGAAUAGUCAAGAGGAUGGCUGGAAGGGUUUGCCUGUGAUAUUUGAUGAAGUGUUUAGUGGGUGGUACAGACUAGGCCGUAGAUCGGCUUCUGAAUUCUUGGGAGUGAAUCCAGAUAUUACCGCUUAUGCAAAGACAUUGACAGGUGGUCUAUUGCCUUUAGCCUUAACUGUGACCAAGGAAUCAAUCUAUAAUAUAUUUUUAUCAAAGAAUAAGCCAGAUUGCUUGUUGCAUGGUCAUUCUUACACUGCUCAUCCCAUGGGCUGUGCUGUGGCCAAGACUUCUAUUGAAACACUUGAUCACUUAUCAGAAACAAAAUGGAAUAUCUUCCGCGACAAUUGGAAGAAGCAGGACACUGUUUGGUCAAUGUGGUCUCCUGCUGUUGUUGAUCAAUUGUCAAGAUACAACAAUGUAGAAAGUGUGAUGGCAUUAGGUUCAGUGCUGGCCGUAGAACUUAAAGAUCAACAUAAAGGUUAUGGAUCCCUUGCUUCAAAGUCAAUAGUUGAGCAUUUACGCUCCGGUGUUUUCAAGAAUGGCUUUGAUGGUACAGAAAGAACAGGUGUUAAUUUAUUCGCUAGACCUCUUGGUAAUGUCGUUUAUCUCAUGACCUCCCAGGUUACUACGCCUGAAGGAGUACGACAGUGUGAACAAGCGUUCUUGGAGGCAAUUGAAAAGCACAAUAAAUUAUAAUAGACGAUUUAUGCUUUAUAAAGAGAUACAAACGUUACAUUAAUAAAAAAAAAGGGUG